GUAUCAACAAAAACCAUGAAGUUUGAAGAUCUAAUUACGGAAAUCAAUGGCUUCGGCAGGUUUCAGAAGAUGAUUCUUUGCAUCAGUUUUGUAGGACGAUUCACUUUACCAUGUCACUUUCUAUUAAGCAACUUUAUCGCCGCCAUCCCAUCUCACCACUGUGAUAUCAGUUCUCUGGAUGCCGAGGGAAUCUUUGGGAAUCUGAGUCGGGAGCAGAAACUGACUGUCAGUAUUCCAGCACAAGAUGAUGGGACUCCUGCUUCUUGUCACAUGUUCUCUUAUCCUCAGUUUCAUCUGUUGACAAACUCCUCCAGCAGCUCAGAACUUCCAGUAGUCCAGUGCCAGAAUGGAUGGGAGUAUGACAACAGCACGUUCAUCAGCACUCUCGCCACACAGUGGGAUCUGGUAUGUGAUAAAAAAGGUCUGAAUAAAGCUGUGACCACCAUCUUCUUUGUCGGAGUGAUGUUUGGAGCAGCUUUUUUUGGAGGCACGAGUGACAGAUUUGGCCGUAAGCCGAUGCUGCUCGUAUCCUAUAUAUCAGGAAUGGCUUUUACAUUGGCCAGCAUCUUUUCUACCUCCUUCAUCAUGUUUGCAGUGCUGAGAUUCUUUAGUGGAUUCACCAUCACCGGCAUCGUUAUCGUCUCAGUCGUACUCAAUGUGGAGUGGGUGGACAUUCAGCACAGAAGGCUUGUAUGUAUAACUGGCAGUAUGGCAUGGGCUGUUGGGAGCACCUCGUUGUCUCUUUUUGCGUUCUGUAUCAGAGACUGGAGAUGGCUGACAGUGGCUGUCACAUCACCUUUACUGCUAUCCACAGUCCUCUGGUGGUGGGUUCCAGAGUCGGCUCGGUGGCUGAUAGCCAAUGGGAGGGCGGAAAAAGCUCAUUAUUAUCUUCACAAAUGUGCUGUCAUGAAUCGCAAGGAGGAAGUCAUUUCAAGAAUCAAACCUGAGGCUCUCUCCAUCAUAGCUUCAGAUGAGGGAAAGAAAAAUUAUUCAUAUCUGGACCUAGUCAGAACCCCUAAGUUGAGAAGAUUGGCUCUACUCACAGGAACCAUAUGGUUUUGUGUUGCCACUAUGACCUAUGGUAUCAGCCUCAACAUCACAGGCUUUGGACUAAAUAUGUACCUCACUCAGUUUGUGUAUGGAGCCAUUGAGGUUCCAUCUAAACUGAUAGUAUAUUACUUGCUGGAGAAGAUUGGCAGACGUAAAACUGAAGCAGGAGCUCAGCUGUUGGCUGGAAUCAGCCUCAUGAUUAACAUAUUCAUACCCAAAGAUCAGUGGGUUGGUCGUACUGUGGUGGCAGUACUGGGUAAAGGUUUCGCAGUUGCAGCUUUUUGUACAAUUGUAUUAUACAGCUCGGAGCUUUACCCAACCGUCCUCAGGCAAAAUGGGAUGGGAUAUAACUCGUUCCUGGGCCGUCUGGGAGUGUGUUUGGCUCCUCUAGUCCUGCUAUUAGACAGUUUUUGGGGCCACUUCUCUCAGACCAUCCUGUGUUCUGUGGCACUCAUUGCUUCGGUGGUGGCCUGGCAGUUACCUGAGACACGAGACAGGUGUCUGCCUGAGACUAUAGAGGAUGUCGAGGGUACCGGGAAAAAUCUCAUUUAUCAUGACAAGCAGGAGGAUGAGGAGAAAAUGACAACAACUGAAACCAAUGAGGACCACUGA